AUGGAAGACAAACUUCAAGCUUCUAUCACCAGUACAACGGUCGAUUCUAAGUCUUCAUUUGAAUUACAAGACAAUAUUAGUAAUUUCUCAAACAAACUUGAUCGUUCCAGACCAGAAACUUUUUUAAAUUCAGAUGAUAUUGAAAAAUUAACCCAAUCAACUGUUUAUCCUCAAAAAAGAUUAUUCUAUUUCUUACAUUCUAGAGAAAUACCUUCACUGCCGCAAAAUAUUGAUGAAAGAACAAUAUAUCCUAUUGAAAGGGCUAAUAUUGUGUCAAAACUUUUCUUUUGGUGGGUUUGGCCAAUUCUAACAACUGGGUAUAAGAGAACAAUUCAACCAAAUGAUUUAUAUAUUACUAAUAAGUCAAUGUCAUCAGAGACAAUAUAUGAACGAUUCCAAACUUAUUGGAAUAAAGCCAUAGAAAAAUCUAAGAAUGAAUUUUUGAAAAAAAACCCUGAUGCCACUGAAGAAGAGAUUAAAGAAGGUGUCAAGUUGAAGAGAUUCACACUCUUAAUUACUUUAGUAAAAACUUUUAAAUGGAAUUGCUUUUUUUCUGUUGUAUUUGUAAUAUUAGGGAAUGCAGCACCAGCAUUUAAUCCUUGGUUAACAAAAAACUUAACAAAUUUUGUAGAACAAAGAGGGUAUGAUACAUCAAUGAAAGUAAAUGCGGGUAUUGGAUAUUGUAUUGGUUCAACAUUACUUUUAACAUGGUUAGCAUUUUUUUUCAAUCAUUCUUACUAUUUAUCACAAAUCACAGGUAUUCAAGUGAGAUCAGUUCUUUUGAAAGCUAUUUUAAAUAAGACAACAAAAUUAUCGACAGAUUCUCAAAAAAAAUUUACGAAUGGUAAGAUUAAUACAUUUGCUACAGUAGAUGUAAAUCGUAUAGAAUAUUCUGUUUGUUUUCAACAGUUUAUGUUUGCAUAUCCUGUAAUCAUUGGGAUUUGUUUAGGGUUACUGAUUAAGAAUUUAGGAGGAAUAGCGAUGUCAGGGGUUGGUUUAUUCUUUGUUACUAUCAUUGUCGUUAUAUUCUUGUUUGGAAUUGUUAUGAAGAUGAGAUUAAAUAUCAAUCAAGUGACAGAUCAAAGAGUCUCGAUACUAAGAGAAGUCUUAAAUAAUAUUAAGAUGGUAAAGUUAUAUUGUUGGGAACAAGCAUAUGAGAAAAGUAUUAAAAAAAUUAGAAGUUUGGAAACUAGUAAAUUAACAAGAAUGGAGAUUUUAAAAAAUGUCAUCUUCUCUGUAACGUUUUCGUUACCUAAUAUUUGUUCUUUAAUGACAUUUCUAGCCCUGUUUAAGAUUCAUGGUGGAUUAAAGAACGCUGCUACGAUUUUUUCAUCAUUGUCAUUAUUUAAGAUAUUGAGUCUUCUAAGUUUUUAUAUCCCAUUAUCCUUAGGUACAGCUAUAGAUAUUGUGACUAGUUUAGAUCGUUUCCAAGAGUUUUUGGAAGCUGAAGAAUCCAAAGAAACAAGAAUAAUAAGGGAAACUAACUCUGAAAUAUAUGGAGAUAAUACGGUUGCUAUUAAGGCUUCUCAUUGCUCAUUUAGGUGGGAUACUGAAGAAAAGGAUAAUAAUGAGGAGAAAGAAUUUUCUGGAUUUCAUGAUUUAAAUUUUGAAAUUAUGAAAGGUGAAUUAAUAAUAAUUGUUGGGCCAAUUGGUAGCGGGAAGACAUCUUUGUUGAAUGCCAUAUGUGGAUUGAUGCCACAGUAUGGAAAUGAAGGUGAAUUAGAGGUUGAUGGAAGUUUAGUGUCUUGCGGUUAUCCAUGGAUUCAAAACACUACGGUAAGAGAUAAUAUUUUAUUUGGAAGUAAGUAUGAUGAAUCAAAAUUCAAACGUGUUAUUCGAAUGUGUUCUUUAGAGGAAGAUUUGGAGAAAUUAUCUGCAUAUGAUAUGACAGAAAUUGGUGAGCGUGGGGUGACAUUGUCAGGUGGUCAAAAAUCAAGAAUUAAUUUAGCAAGAAGUUUAUAUAAAGAAAAAGAUAUUUACUUAUUUGAUGAUAUUUUAAGUGCAGUGGACUCACGUGUGGGCCAAUCGAUUAUGAAGGAAUGUUUGAUGGAAGGUUUGAAAAAUAAGACCCGAGUUCUUGCUACACAUCAGUUAUCAUUGAUUGGAAAAGCUGAUCAAUUAAUUGUUCUUGGAAAUGAUGGGAAGUUUGAUAUGGGCCGUUAUGAAGAUUUGAUCAAAACUAAUGAGACUUUGAUAAACUUGAUGCAAUAUGCUAAAUUACAAGAAGAAAUACAAGAAAAAGAGGAAGUAAUAAAAGAUAAAAAUGAAAAAACAGAAACAACUAUAUCAGAAAAUUUGGAGCCCUCCCAAUUAACGACAAAAGAAGAACGUGCUUACAAUAAUAUUACAUGGUGGGUUUAUUGGGAAUAUAUCAAAGCAGGUACAGGUAAAUGGUGGUUUAUUAAUACUCCUUUAUAUUUAAUCUUUGUCAUUAGUACCACAUUUUGUUCAUUAUUUUCAUCUGUUUGGUUAUCCUAUUGGAGUGAGAUGAAGUUUGCACACCGUACCACUUCAUUUUAUAUGGGGAUGUAUUCCUUUUUCGUUUUUGGAUCUAUUGUGUUCUUAACUGGACAAUUUUCAUUAUUAUGUUAUAUUGGAUUAAGAGCUUCAAAAAGUUUAAAUUUACAAGCUGUAAACAGAGUGAUCCAUUCGCCAAUGUGGUUUAUGGAAAGCACACCGAUGGGUAGAAUAAUGAAUCGAUUUACCAAGGACACAGAGAGUUUGGAUAAUCAAAUACUUGACAAUUUAAGGUUUGUAGUAUAUCAAGCAUGCACUAUUGUUGGUAUUUCAGUAUUAUGUAUUAUUUACUUACCAUGGUUUGCCAUUGCAAUUCCUGGCUUGGGACUUAUUUUAUUUGUUGCAUGUUCACAUUAUCAAAGCAGUGCCAGAGAAAUUAAACGUUUAGAAGCUGUACAAAGAUCAUUUAUUUAUAAUCAUUUAAAUGAUGUAUUAGGGGGUGUAGACACUAUCCGUGCAUAUGGUGCUGAAGAAAGAUUUAGUUAUAAAUUGGAUUAUUUGAUUGAUAAGACAAAUGAGGCAAGUUAUUUAUAUACUGCAGUUCAAAGAUGGAUCAAUAUUGUGAUUAAUUUAGUAGGUAUUAGUUUUACACUUAUUGUAUCAUUAUUAUGUGUGACAAAAGUGUUUAAUUUAUCUGGAGCAAGUACAGGUGUUGUUUUGAGUUAUGUUUUAUUAAUUCCUGAUUUAUUAAAUAAUACAUUAACAAUGGUUACACAAACAGAAAAUGAUAUGAAUAGUGUUGAAAGAUUAGUGACUUAUGCAACAGAGUUACCACAAGAAGCAAGCCAUGGUGAAGAGGUACCAAGUAAAACUUGGCCAGAAAAUGGUGAAAUCAAAUUUGAAAAUGUAAGGUAUACACAUCGUGAUGGAUUGCCUGCCGUACUUGAUAAGUUCACUUUGAAAAUUGCAGCAGGGGAACGUGUUGGGAUAUGUGGUCGUACUGGUGCUGGUAAAUCUACUGUAUUAGGUGCAUUGUAUAGAUUACGAGAAGUUGAAAGUGGAAGAGUUAUGAUUGAUGAUGUCGAUGUAUCGAAAUUAAACUUAACUGCAUUACGUAGUAGAUUGGCAAUUAUUCCACAAGAUCCUGUGUUGUUUCAAGGUAGCGUUCGUCAUAAUUUAGAUCCGUUUGGUGAAUAUGACGAUGAUGUAUUGAAGAAUGCUUUAAUGAGAUGUACAGUUGGUAAGUUUAAUAAAACUGGAAAUGAGAGUACGGAGGGCAUUGAUACUGACGCUGAUAAUGGUUUAGUUGGUAAAUUUAGAUUGGACCAAGACGUGGAAGAAAAUGGAUGUAAUUUUUCUGUUGGCGAAAGACAAGUUCUUGCCCUAGCACGUGCUUUGAUAAGAAAUAGUUCAAUAUUAGUAUUGGAUGAAGCUACUGCAGCUGUAGAUGCAGCUACCGAUGCCCAUGUGCAACGAUUGGUAGCAGAAGCAUUUAAAGGACGUACAGUACUUUGCGUAGCACAUAGAUUGGAUACUAUACUGAAUUAUGACCGUAUUUUGGUAUUAGAGAAUGGGAAAAUUAUUGGUUUGGAUACCCCAAAGAGUCUUUUAGAUAAUAAUCCUGUAUUUCAUAGUAUGUGUAAAAGAGCUGGUAUUACCUCGGAUAAUUUUUUUUAG